AUGGAGAGGGAUUGGGAGACCUAUGCAGUCGAUUCCCAGGGGUUGUCGGGAGGGAUUUUGGUUCUGUGGAGGCGGGGUGUGGCGACGAUUGAUGUCUUCCACAACUGCUCUCAACAAGUAAUCAUGGUUAUAUCAACACCCGACGCUGCUCCAUGGGUUCUGUGUGGUGUAUAUGCUAGCACGGAUCACCGGGUCAGGAGGAUCCUUUGGCAGGAGAUUACCGAUCUGACCGCCCAGGGUAUUCCGGCGGUAGUGAUUGGUGAUUUUAACUGUAUUCUGAGUCAGGAUGAGAAGCGGGGGGGCACUGCCUUCACGGAUCGAGUGGACAGGAGGGAGUUCCGUGACUUUGUGUCGCGGAACGGCCUGGUAGACUUAGGUUUCUCCGGACCACAAUUCACUUGGUGCAAUAAUCAGCAGGGCAAUGCUCGGGUUUGGGAACGGUUAGACAGGGCUUUUGCAUCCCCUGAUUGGAUCCUCUGA